CGGAUGACGACUGCUGGGUACCUAGAGGUCAAUGCAAUCAUCAUCGCAUCGGUGCCUACAGGCUCGAUGGCCCAACAGAGCCCCAAAGUACAUGUAAGACGUGCAGAAGGUGUGCGUGCCCUCAUUGCUCCAGGCGUAUUUCGCGGCCUUGUUAUACGAGGAAUACGCACGACUAAUACUCACUCACAAGUACAUGGCCUUAGUGUCAGAAGUGCAGACCAAAACGCUCCGGACCUCACGGCUUGAGUUUUGACGUCACGUCAGAUCGCCCAGACAUCGCGCGUAACGUCCGUCAUCCGCGAGUUCAUACUGUACCCCGGAGCUGAGGCUUUGUUUCACCCAGACCUCGAGAGCCUGGCGUUUACAAGCUUUCUUUUUCCUGGCUGACUCGCUUUACUUUUUCUCCCCCUCACCCACACUGCUCAACCCAUAUUGAGCAACCAAGAUGAGAUCGUACGCCAUUCUGCCGCUGGCCGUGGCCGCCAGCGCCUUUGUCGUCCCCGACAUCGAGACCUUCUCCCAGCUGCCCGUCCACGGACAGGCGCCGCACCACGACGACAGCUCGUGGCAGGACUGGUUCCCCUCGGCCGACUCCAUCUCGUCCUCGAUCCACGAUGUCGUGGACCCGCUCGCAUCCAGCGCCGAGGAGACGUUCCACUCGCUCAAGGGCAAGCUCCAGAGGGAGAUCGAGUCCGUCUUCGACGAGGACGCCAGCAGCGCCGUCGAGGAGUUCGCCGCUGACGACGAGGACGCCUCGUGGGACAAGCCGCGCCGCGGGGGCCACCACGGCAAGUCGAACCUGACCAUCUACCAGCUCAUCAGCGAGAGCAAGUACACGACCAAGUUCGCGGCGCUGGUCGACGAGCACGAGGACAUCGUGAAGCUGCUCAACAGCACCGAGGCCAACUACACGCUGUUCGUGCCCGUCGACAGCGCCUUCGAGCACAUCCCCAAGCACAAGAAGCCCAGCAAGGAGUUUGUCGAGUCCGUGCUCCGGUACCACAUCGGGCUGGGCUUAUACCCCGCCGGCCGCGUGCUCGUCACACACACGCUGCCCACCGCCCUGGACGAGCCCCUGCUCGGCAACCAGCCCCAGCGCCUGCGGACCAGCGUCGGCCUGCUCUCGGGCGUGAGGGUCAACUUCUACAGCAAGGUCGUUGCCGUCGACAUUGGCGCCAAGAACGGCGUGAUCCACGCCGUCAAGAGCCUCCUGGUGCCGCCGCCCUUUGUGGGCCGCGAGCUGUCGCUGUUCCCGGGCAGGUUCUCGACGCUGCUGCUGGCGUUCGACAAGACGGACUUCACGUCCUUCAUCCACGGGCAGGUGCUCAACGGGUCGACCAUCUUCGCGCCGGACAACCGGGCCUUCCAGAAGCUGGGGCCCGCGGCCAACGCGUUCCUGUUCAACACCGAGGCGGGCCUCGGGUACCUCAAGGCCAUCCUCAAGUACCACGUCGUCGCCAACGAGACGGUGUACAGCGACGCGUACUACUCGUCCGGCAGCGGCAGCGGCAGCGGCAGCGGCAGCAGUGAUGACAGCAACUUGAAGACGACGGACGACGUCGGGCGGGGCCACUACCACCUCGACCUGCCGACGCUGCUCGGGGACAAGAGGAUCGCGGUCGACGUUGCCCGCUGGGCCGGGUUCAUCCGCGUCAAGAUCAACGGGUACAUCCCCAUCACGGUGCAGGACGGCAUCGCCAAGAACGGGGUCAUCCACGUCCCCGCCAGCGUCCUCAUCCCGCCUCACAAGAAACACGGGCGCGAGGGCGGGCCGGCGGCCACGGGCGAGAUCAGCGUGGAGGAGCUGAAGGAGAGGCUGGCUGGGUAUGUCGAGGGGGAGGACGAGGGGCAGGGCGGCGGGGGGGCUCAGGUCGAGUCCGAGCUGUAAUGUGGGCGAGCGCUCGGGUGAGGGCGGGAGCUCUCACCUCCCGGGAUGCACAUGUGGUCAGGUUUCAAGAUUGAUGGAGAGCUCAUGCCACUCACUACUUUUGUGCGCUAUUGAUUCAAGAAUCAAGUGGUUUUGGAGAAUGCAUCGCAGGGCAACAAUUCUGCACAGUGGUUUUUGGUUGCGGCGUAUAUGGAACGGUCGGCGAGCAGGGCUGCAUUUGGGUUACCUUAUCACCACAACAUAGGCCGACAUCUGGCAUAAAAAUACACACCAAUCAGCUGG